CUGGGAUUGGUAACUUGGAGUUAAGCUAGCGCGAGGGCUAUAAAAGGGGUGAUGCAACGCGCUCUCAGCCACAGUCUCAGGCAGCGAGACGCGCUGGGCACGGUGCUUCCCCCGCGGAGCUGACCGGUCAGCCCGCGCUCCGGCAGAGCCCUCGGUGCUCGCCCGCCAGCGGGACAGAACGCCCGCCUCUGGCCGCUCUCUGGACCCUGGCCGCCCCGAGCGGAGAUUGGAGCAAAAUGAUGCUUCAACAUCCAGGCCAGGUCUCUGCUUCCGAAGUCAGUGCGUCUGCCAUCGUCCCCUGCCUCUCACCUCCUGGGUCCCUGGUAUUUGAGGAUUUUGCUAACCUGACGCCCUUUGUCAAGGAAGAGCUGAGGUUUGCCAUUCAGAACAAGCACCUGUGCCACCGGAUGUCCUCUGCGCUGGAGUCAGUGACCAUCAACAACAGACCCCUGGAGAUGUCAGUCACUAAAGCCGAGGUGGCACCUGAGGAAGAUGAAAGGAAAAGGAGACGGCGGGAAAGAAAUAAGAUUGCAGCUGCGAAGUGUCGAAACAAGAAGAAAGAGAAGACGGAGUGCCUACAGAAAGAGUCAGAGAAGCUAGAGAGUGUGAACGCUGAGCUGAAGGCCCAAAUAGAGGAGUUGAAGAAUGAGAAACAGCACUUGAUAUACAUGCUCAACCUGCACCGACCCACGUGUAUCGUGCGGGCUCAGAAUGGGCGGACUCCGGAAGAUGAGAGGAACCUCUUUAUCCAGCAAAUAAAAGAAGGAACAUUGCAGAGCUAAGCGGCAGGGGCAUGGGGGCAACUGGGGAGUCCUUAUUGAAUCCUCCUUUUCCACCCCAAACCCUGAAGCCGUUGGAAAGCUGGCUUCCUGUGCACUUCUAGCAUCUCAGCAGCCGAGAGCCGUUGGGGCAGGGGGGCCUGCGGCGACCACUGCGUUGUCCCACUCUGCCCUGGAGUGAACUGUGGCGCAGGGCAAGAGCGUCCCUUGUCUCACUAACUCCAGGAUUUAGGCCUUACCAUCCUGACCAUUCUCAGAUGAUCUAGCUGGUCCCCGGCUGGGGUCCCAUGCAAAGCAGGACACCCACUAAUGGGAUUCACGCAGAAGUGUCCGCCUCGGUAGGUGGGGUGGGACCAGGGCCGCCACUGCAGCUGACACCAUCCCUUCUAGGGAAUACGGAGCAAGAACACUCGUUGUCGAGGUUGUCCAAUGGCCAGGGUGUGCUUCUAGAAAAUAAGCUGUUUCAUCCCAGAUGGCUGUGCACAGGGCAUUCACUUCAGAACCAGGUGUUGUGUUGUGCUAUUUGGAUGUUUGUCUUGCACGACACUGUAAUGAUUUUUCUGGGAGUUUCAUCAGAACUGAUUUCUGAGAGUUUGGGAGUCUGCCAUCAUGGAUAGUAUCCCUUAAAAGCAUUCGGGUGGACAUGUGAGCUUGCCUGCCCCCCAGGAACGAAAUGGGCCUGCUGGCCAGCUGUGUCGCUCUGUGCUGUCAGAGGACGCCUCCUUUCCCUGUACCCACUGCUGAGGAAGAACCUGGGCAUGACAGCAGCUCCUUGGCUGCAAACCGUUGCAAUCUCACAGAAAGAAGGCACAAAGGAAGUCCAGCUUCCAAAGGGUAGGACUCUCCUUCCCACUCAGUGACAGAGCAGGUGUGAUUUCUAGGCUAGAAGGGCCAGAGAUACUCCAUUAUCCCUUCGUCACAGCCAGAAACCACAGCCUGUGGAGAAGUGUGUUUGAAGUCGUGUGCAGGGCCAGGUGUCUGCGUUGUGGGAUGUUAAUGGCAUUGUUUUUGUUAUUGAGAUAUGGCCCAGAGCUUUUCAGUUGGGAGGCACCUCCCUCUGGCCACCAGGACUCUGGCUACUGUUAAAAUUCUGACGUUUCUGUGAAAUCCUCAGAGUGUUUAAUCUUACUCAAUAGUAUCAUUACAAUUUUCUGUGAGAGAAAAUAUUACUUAUUUAUCCCAGUAUUCCUAGACUGUCGACAUAAUAAAUAUCAAAAUAAGACAUGGUAAA